UAGGUCGGACGCACGGUGGCUGGCAGUGACCGCGAUGGACCUUUGGUGUGCGGUGACGUUGGUGGCGGUUGUCGCCACUGCUAGCGCCUCCCUUCAUGACAAUUACCUUGACGAUAGGGAGGUGAUGGUACUACCGGUGUUGGCGCCUCCCAAAGACUCCCCGACACGUGCUACUGACAGAUCCAGGCAGUUCCCUAUAUUAAUAUUGUUGUCGCAGAGGAACUCUUCCCAAAAGUUAAGAGAGCCAGAAGCUAAGUCACUAAAUUACAAUCAACAACCUAUAUAUGUUAAGAAACUAGAAGAUCAAGAUCACCCUGGAAGGUUAAAUAGGCAAAAGCGUACCCUUGGAAAGCUCCUUCUUGGCCACAGCUUUGGCUUUUCCUUGGGUGGUGGACAUGGCUUCAGUGGAGGAGGUGGUUACGGCGGAGGCUACGGUGGAGGAUACGGUGGAGGAUACGGUGGCGGACGCGGCUACGAAGGAGGCUAUGGUCACGGAUACCAGGAGCCACAAAAGACCGUGAUCGUUAAAGUCAUAAAGGAGCAUACUCAUAGCCACGGCGGUAAUGGUGGUUACGGUGGGCACUACGGUGGAGAUGGAGGAUAUGGAAACUAUGGCGGCGGAUAUGGAGGUGGCGGCGGCGGUGGUGGCGGCGGCGGCGGCGGUGGUUAUGGUGGUGGCUAUGGUGGAGGCGGCGGCGGCGGCGGCGGUGGUGGAUACGGAGGCGGUGGUGGUGGCGGUGGAGGUUAUGGUGACGGUGGCUACGGUGGCUUAAAUCAAGGCGGAGGUUACGGCAACAAUGGAUACAACCACGGCGGAUCAACCGGCUGUGGUGGCGGAUGCGGUGGCUGUGGUGGGGGUGGCUGUGGGGGAACUGCACAUGCUACAGCCACAGCUACUGCCACAGUGAAUGGGUAUGGUAAACGAAAAUGAGUAUUGGAUCAACAAUAAGACGGAUGUAAAAUAUAUAAAUUGGAUUUAUUUACCAACUUGAAAUAAUAUGGUAUAAACGCAUAUGGCUCUAGUCCAUAACGAUCUUCUGUGUCCGUGUAAUUUAUGUGUUACCAAAUAUGCAUUACUAGUAAUGAGUACUUAAUGGUCCAUGUAGAUAUUAAAAAUGUUUUAUCAUCACGUAUUAGUAGAAAAUCUUUAAGAAGAUUCGCUCAAUUAACUGUACUUAGUAAUAAAAAGUAUAAUUAAAGAGAUAUAUUAGUUA